AUGGUCUCUCGUGGAGGUUGGCAACCGGUAUUUCAUCGACGAGGAAUGAUAAAGGCUACAAGGGACUCAAAGGGAGGGAAACUAUUUACAGUAUUUGUGGAUAACAUCCCUGAAUCAAUGAAUCCGAAAAGCCUGUUUCAGUUGUUUGCAAAGUUUGGCAUUGUUAAGGAUGUGUUUAUCCCAAAGAAAAGGAGAAAGAUCACUGGUUCGAGGUUUGGCUUCGUAAGGUACGAUUGUUCGGUUGCAGCUGAGAUGGCAGUUCAAAGAGCGGAUGGGCUGUGGUGUGAUGAUAAAGCUCUGAGGGUUAAAGGGGCUGAGUUCAAAAGGGAAGACCUUGACAAAACCAAACAGUCUGGGGGACUUAAUCAGAGGGCUCAAAAUAUGGUCAGGAACAGGCACUGGGUUGAUCACAGAGGAGGAAAGCAGAUUAAGCAGGACCUAGGAGGGCCAAAAUCAUAUGCGGAGGCAGUUGGAAAAGGUGUGGCACAGGGUAGAGAGGAAGUGGUGGUUCAAGCUUCAGAAGAGGGUAAUGGGUGGCUGUAUGAAAGCCUGAUAAUCAAGCUGCAUACCUUCUUUUCCCUUUCAGCUUUCAAGGAGGAAUGUCAGAAGAGGGGUCUUCAGGAGGUAUUAGUUAGAGCCGGUGAAGGUAGACUUGUAAUCCUAACGUUCCCAUCAGUUAUGGUGAUGAAAAGACAGAAGGAGGAACUUAAGGAAUGGAUUUUUGACUGGUGUAGCACAAUGGAGGAGUGGGAUCCGAGAUGUUGUGUCCUCCAAGAACGGUGUGUUUGGAUUAACUGCUUUGGAGUUCCUUUCAAUUUAUGGAGUGUGACUACAUUCAAAAGUAUAGGGGCUGUCUGGGGAGAAGUAGUGCAGGUGCAUGAGGAUACUAUCAAGCAUGUCUCUUUUUGCUGUGGGAAAAUACGAGUCAUCACAAAGUCCAUGGAGCUUAUCAAUAGGACUGUUCGAUUGAGUUGCAAGGGAGUCUUGUACCCAGUAAGGGUUUGUGAAUGUCCUGAGUUUGUGGAGAUGUCAGCGAGCAGUAAGAGCUUCUCUGUUAAUGGGUGGAAGAUGUCCAUCGGUCUUCAGGGUGAGGAGAAGAUGGAUAGAUAUUCAAAUGUUGGAGGGGAUCAGAGAGGCAGCAUAGUGAAGACAAGAGGGAUUGAGGUGGCUUGCAGUGAUGUGGUGGACUAA